UUCAUCACACAACCAAAAUGCCUAAACUAACUAAUACUCUUCCCCUUCUCUCUCUUCUCAUGGUUUCCUGCUUCAACUUAGGAUGGAAUCUGAAGACGGCUAAUGGACAAAAAACUUGGUGCAUUGUGAACCCUUCAACCACCCACUCUGAGCUACUAGUGAACCUAGAUUACGCCUGCAGCCAUGUGCGUUGCUCACAGAUACAACAAGGAAGCAGCUGCUUCUACCCAAAUACUUAUCACCACCAUGCCUCCUUUGCUAUGAACUUGUACUACCAGUUCAUGGGUAGGCACGAGGAGGACUGUAACUUCACAAACUCUGCACUAAUUUCCUUGAGCGAUCCAAGCUCUGGUAGCUGCAUUUAUGAGAGUGGUGGAAAUCUAGAAGCAUAUGGAAAACCAUAUAAUAAAACAUAUGAAACAUGGUGUGUAGCUAAACCAGCAACAGAAGAUGAUAUGCUGCAAGAAAAUAUAAAUUUUUCAUGCAAUCAUGUGGACUGUAGCCCUAUACAGGAUGGUGGAUCAUGCUUCUCUCCAACAACUCUAAUGAACCAUGCAGCAUUUGCCAUGAAUCUUUACUACCAGAGCACAGGUAGAGGCAGCAAUAGCUGUGAGUUUAGAGGUACUGGUCUGCUUGUGACGACAAAUCCAGGUACCCAAUUGCAAAAUUAAAUUAAAUUAUUUUUUUAUUAUAAAUUUUAAUGAUGUAUAAAAAUAUUAUGAUCUGGUAAUUUUUUGUGUUUUUUUUGCAGGUUAUGGAAAUUGCACAUUUUGAGUUUAAUUAGUAAUGAAUAAGUGUUGAGAGAGACUUAGGAGGUGCAAUGUGUUGUGUUCUGAUGAUAAUUAUGAUAAUAAAU